GCCGACACAGUAAGCGAAUUAGUUAGUGAUUGCGAUGAUGAUGACGACAAUGGUGAUAAUGAUAACGACAGUGGUGAAGAUAUUGAUGACGAUGCUGUGAUAAGAGCAAGUGACGAUGAAAGUACUUUACUAGUGUCUGGAUCCACUAUUCCACGCAAGAAGAAAACUCGAACUGUGUUUAGUCGCCAACAAGUAUCUCAGUUAGAAAUGACUUUUGAUCUAAAGCGAUACCUAUCAAGUCAAGAACGUGCACACUUGGCUUCCACAUUACAUCUUAGUGAAACUCAGGUAAAAAUAUGGUUUCAAAACAGACGAAACAAAUGGAAACGUCAAGCAGCAAGUGACGUUGACAGUUCGAGCGCCAUGAAUAUUCAUCGUUCACAAAUUUUUGCUUCAAAUAUGCCACAUAUGAGUGAUGCAACAGACCCGUCUACGUCAACCACAUCACCUCAAACAUUUAUCAGGUUUACCAGUGCCGAUAGUGCAGCAACUGCAGCAAAACUAUUUUAUACUACUUAUGGUAGUGGUGGGAAUGGAACCAAAAGCCCUAAUACACAAACGAUAUGA